GUGACAGGGGCCGUGGUGGGUGCCUGCGUGUGCUGGUGCAAGCUUGGUGCCUGCCGGGAGGUGCCUGCAGUGCCACAAGGGAUAAUAUUGAUACAAAUGUAGAGGGACGAAAUAGAGAAGCAGGAAGACCAUCACCACCACCACCACCACCAGCAGUGUGGAAGAAAGCUGGUGAUAAAACUCUCUCUCGCUCUCCCUCACUCUCCCUCACUCUCCCACGCCACGGAAGCAGUGGAAUAAAGCACAGGAGGAGGAAAGCAAUGGCAACCCUCCGAUCCGGCAAGCAAGUUGGCGGCAGCGAUGGCGGUGGCGGCGGCAGUGGUGGUGAGGUGGACAGCAGGGACAGAGGGGCACUACAGGCUGCGGACAUCAAGGAGAAGAGGAACGCACGGACAAGCAAGGUGUUAUUCGGCAGUCUGAUCCUGGACCUGCUCGGCUUGAAGGUGGUGCUGCCCAUGUCUCCUGCUCUCCUCGACUUUUACUCCAAGCACAACACCAGCGGCUUGUAUUCCUCUCAGCUCUCCUGUGUGACUUAUUACCAGUAUAUCAUCGGUUUCGCUGCGAGGUUCCACUCUGUCUUGUUCGGCACUGAUUGGCGUGACAUUCAGCAUAGGCUUCACCGUCGGGCACACUGUGGGGGCUGCGUUCUCUCGCUGGGGAAGUACUGGGUGGUUCGCGGCCUCGGCUGUCUACGCACGCACUCUCACUGUGGCUAACAUAAUAUUCUUUGCUGUCUUCUUCCAGGAAUCGCUGCCUGAGGGCAGAAGGAGGAGGGACAUCGGUGCCAGUUUGACCGAGGCUUGGGAGGUGAUCAAUCCUAGGGCUUUGUUCUCCGUCAGCUGUGUCAAGGGCCUGGGCAGAGAAGCCUGGAGUUAACGCUGAUCUUCGCGACCCACCACAAGCAUAGUUACGACUCGUUGGCGCAGGACCGCAAGUUUUCCUUCCUGGGCUUGGUCAUGGCAAUUACACAGAGAGGGUUUAUGCGAAGUGUUAAGACUGGAACUGAAAAAGCAACUGCCAAUUAGGCACACACCUACAUUGUGAUGCAGCUCUUUGGAGGUGGAGAGCUGGCUGCCUCAGAGGAUCAGGAAACACGAGAGGUUCACAGAGGCUUGCCUCGGGCUUCGGUCGUCGUGAGGAACCUGGUGUCAGCAGUUCACUACGUGCACAGGAAAAGCAUCAGUGUUCACGGAGACCUAAAGCCAGACAGGGGUGAAAAGGGUUGGUGUUGAGGAUAGACAGAAAAGAAAAGAAAAGAAAGGAAAGGUAAAAAAAGGAAGUUUUUUUGCAUUGAUUUUCCAUCUGCUUAUUUUAAAGAAUUUAUUGCAUGGAAUAUUAUUGAUCUCCAUCAUUUGUAUGGCCUUUAUAAUAAAAAGUAUGAAUUUA